AUGAGCGGGUUUGGUUACAGCAGCAUCCUCAGACAAAGUCAUGCUGUUAUAAGCGAGCUAGCAAUGGCGUCUCGCGACUUUGACAAGCUCCCAUGCGACACCGGGGACUUGGAGACCAUUUCGGGAUCCCUUUCUCAAAGUGCCCAGGCUGAAAUUACUGAGGAGCAUCUACCAGACAAGACAUCUUCCACUGUGAAAGCUCAGAAAUCUGGGAAAUUCAGAAGUGCGCUGACAUUCUUCGGCGUUCGCAAAAGCAUGUGUCUCUUACCCAGCUUUUUUGGAGGGAGGAGUAAAAACCAGAGCAAGUGGUCUUCGAAGAAAGGAAUCUACAAAAGCAAAACUCACGAUGGGUUGAGCCAAAUAUGUCACGAUGACAGCCUGAGAGGUGGAUCCACCUCGACUGUGGAUUUCCAGUAUCACAACCACGGUGACUGCACCGAAAGCCUUAACGGCAAUGAAUGCGGUCUCCCCAAUGAACAGAAAUCCCAAUCCCUCACGAGGCAAAGACGAGGUUUAAAAAGUUUUUUUAAUAGUUUUAAACACCCGAAAAACCAUAGAAAUGAUGUUUUGGAUAAAACUGAAAUGUUUGCAAUGUCUUCUCCUCACUGCCAUAAAGAGGUGCCUCUGGUCCAGGACAACCCUGACCAGUAUGCCACACAGUGCCUGGAAUCUGAACCAGAUGUGCCUGAUUUUGCAAAUGCUGUGUGCGAUAGUUCACCGGCACCGGAAUGUAAUGACACUGACGUUGAAGUGGCGACUUUAGAGAAGGAUUUGGAAGAAGAAAGCCCAAGGACUGAAUUCGACGAUCAGUUAUUUGUCGAUCAAACGGACAAAACAAACGUGACGACCGUGGUUUCCAGUGAAUACAAGGAGAGCGGCAGAGGACGUAGCGAGCCUUGUCUGUUACUUGAGACGGCGCUGAAGUCCGAAACGCCUGGCGGUUCCUCCGAUCAACUGAACAUGAUUUACAGCGAAGUGGCCUCGUUAAAGAGCUUCGAUUCGCUCACCGGCUGCGGGGACAUAACCGCGGAUCAAGAGGACGACAGCAUUACCGAGACGACGGUCUCGGGAGAACGGAGUAGAAAUGGAGGAAAGCGGGCCUCCUGCUUUCUCACUUACCAGGGAGGCGGUGAAGAAAUGGCCUCCCCCGAAGAUUUAGACGAACAGUGUCUCCAGGAUUUCUGGGGAAACGAUGCAUCUGAAGAACUCGACUGUCCUUGCAACCAAACCCACGAGGAUCUGACCGCCAGCAUGAUGCCUUCACACGAUGCCAGCGCACAGCAAGCCAGCAGCAUGAACACUUCAACAGAUGUGUUGACGCCUCACAGUGAGCAUCAAGAAUCAGUACCUAAUAGCGAUGAGGGCUACUACGAUUCAACCACCCCGGGUCCAGACGAAGGACAGGACAGAACAGACCGACUAAGACAGACAAACAGAUUACCCAGGGACAGCUACAGCGGGGAUGCUUUGUAUGAACUCUUUGCGACUGACGAGAGUCUCGUUAGUCCGCAUCAUGAAUGCAAGCCUAGACUGGCGAGUUCCAAACCGAGCGAGCAACUAGAUUCCACCUUCUCUGAGAGUAAUCGGUUACAAAGCGACGAUCAGUAUAAAGCGGAGGACAUCAUUGAGCUGCAAAACACAUGCAAGUCUUUCAAGUUGACGCAAAAUACUGUAGCCCUGCCAGAAAUGGACUGGAACUCAAACCCACAAGCAGCACUUAGCAAGAAAUUUGAGGCCAAACAGUUAGAUGAAAAGGGAAAUGCGCUCGCUUCCUCAAACACUAUAAAUGUUGACUGUGAAAACUUGUCAUUCAUGAGUGCAUCCGAAACAUCACGAGAUCCCAAAGAGCAACAUCCAGAGGAAAGCGAGUCCGUCGCAUUACCGUUCGGGACUUCUCCGUCUCUGGACCGUAACGGUUGUUUGGACGAUGGCCAAACCGUGUGCUUCUCCCAAGCUCUCGUAAACUAUGAGAAAAGCGCUCAGAUGCUGAGCAGCUUGCAGGGCGAACGCGACGACGUCUCGGAGACCAACGCCGACUUCACUCCGAAUAUGGAGGCCUUACCCACCAUCGUCACUUUCGAUGUGGUGGACAUGCAUAACGAGGGGGAAUACGAUGAGCAGAUUCACAUGGAACUGGAGGAGGACAUUUCGUCACCCUACCAGGAAUUUGAAGACAGCUACCUCCAAAAAGAUGCGUUCGCCGAAUGCGACUAUCAGAUGUUAGACCUUUACGAGCAGAGUCUGAUUGCUAACACCUGGGCCGUUGCUAGUCUCCCGCGGCACCUUGGCCUGACGAGAUUUAGCCAGUCCAUGUCCAAUCCCUUGUCCCUAGACAGGAGGAGUAGGUCUCUGGACACGGAAAGCCUUCAGUUGAAGAUGCCUGCUUCAUAUCGAGAUAGCAGAGCUGAAAGGGAUCCCGUAACAUAUUGUAAAAAGAAUGUACUCUUGUCCGCGUCAGAGUUUCGAGACGGCGGUAGCGCCAUGGCCUUGCCGUGGCUAAGUCGCUCCGAAGUGGCUUUAAGCCUUCCUCUGAGUGAUGAAGACAUAACUGAAACGGCCCAGAAAGAAAAAAUCUUUUCCGAUUUGUUCGGCACUGACAGUAAAUCCCACCUUUGUCCUGAUGUUUUUUCACAGGACCCUGAGCUCUACAGUCGGCCGUGCCACCUCCCCUUGCAAUCAGAUUCUUGUUUACCUCGUCGCGCCUUUGCUUAUUCGGUAAAAGCGGACAGACAACGAGUAGGGAAAGAAUACCUUGUUCGGGAAGUUCUCUCAGGGCGGGCGUGCCUGCAGAUGAGCCACCUGUAG